AGUCCUUCGCCGCAUUGGGCAAAAUAAUCCCUUCAUUUCUCUGAAAGUAUUGGGUAUAACAUUUCACGUCUCUCCUCACCGGAACAAUUUUCAGUACUAUCGCGAUAAAAGAAGUUACCUAUCUGGAGGUGACUAAGUGAUUGGGUAAAGAGUAAGAAAAGACACCAAAAAUAAAGUACUGCGGAGGAAUUUCUGUCAAGCUGUGAGACGACGGAGUGAAGAGUGAAGGCGAUUGCGAGGGGCUGAGGGAAUUGUCCUCUGUGCAAGGGACUUUCAUUAGUCCCGCAGGCCCCUGCCUGCCCCUACCGUCAGCAGGGACAUGGAAAGCUUGAUGGCCAGUUCUACCCUGCCGCCCCUUUUUGCAGAUGAAGAUGGCUCCAAGGAGAGCAAUGAUCUGGCUGCAACUGGGUUAACACACCCCGAGGGUCCAUAUGGCAGUGCAGCCACAUCAACGACCAACCCAGAGUUUGUAGAGGAUCUCUCCCAAGGCCAGCUGCUUCAGAGUGAGUCUUCCAAUGCUCUAGAAGGCAAUGAGCAAAGGCCUGAAGAUGAGCAAAGAAGUAAACGAGGAGGUUGGUCCAAAGGGAGAAAAAGGAAGAAACCUCUUCGAGACAGCAAUGCACCCAAAUCCCCCCUUACAGGGUAUGUUCGGUUCAUGAACGAGCGUCGAGAACAGCUUCGAGCAAAAAGACCAGAGGUCCCGUUUCCAGAAAUCACGAGGAUGUUGGGCAAUGAGUGGAGUAAACUGCCUCCUGAGGAAAAACAGCGCUACCUUGAUGAAGCAGACAGAGAUAAGGAGCGUUACAUGAAAGAACUGGAGCAGUAUCAGAAGACCGAGGCCUACAAGGUCUUCAGUAGGAAAACACAGGACCGUCAGAAAGGCAAAUCUCAUAGGCAAGAUGCAGCCCGACAGGCUACUCAUGAUCAUGAGAAAGAAACAGAGGUAAAGGAGCGCUCUGUUUUUGACAUCCCUAUAUUUACCGAAGAGUUCCUGAACCACAGCAAAGCUCGUGAGGCAGAGCUGCGCCAGCUUCGGAAAUCCAACAUGGAGUUUGAAGAAAGGAACGCAGCCCUGCAGAAGCAUGUGGAGAGCAUGCGCACAGCCGUGGAGAAGCUGGAGGUCGAUGUGAUCCAGGAGCGGAGCCGGAACACCGUCCUUCAGCAGCACCUGGAAACGCUGCGGCAGAUGCUGACCAGCAGCUUUGCCAGCAUGCCCUUACCUGGAAGUGGAGAAAUACCGACAGUGGACACCAUUGACUCAUACAUGAACAGAUUGCACAGUAUAAUUUUAGCUAAUCCCCAAGACAACGAAAACUUCAUAGCUACAGUCCGAGAGGUUGUGAACAGGCUUGAUCGUUAAGCACUGUCUACAGAUCUUAGUGUUCCAAGAUGUAGUGUGUGCACUUGUGCAGUGAGAAGCCGCCAUGAACAUUUGAACUGAGACCGGGCAGAGGACUACAGACCCCUCCCUGUGAAAGAAUUGUCAGUACUCGAAAUGCUUUCAUCCCAGGAAGCUGUGUGAGGGAGCAACAGAGACAGAUGCGUGCACUCUGUAGGAAUGCCCUGUGUGCAGUUUUGAAAGUGUACAGUCCCUCAUUCUCUUCAAAGUCUUCCUGGAGUCCUCUCAUUUCCAUUUCUGCUGAAGUGGAUCUGCAUACUUUCUUCUGACAACAGUGACCUGAGACUGACAUUUCCUUCUCUCCACUGCAGAAAGGAAGAUUUCUCAUUGUUGCAAUCCCACUCCAGUUUUCUUCCCCAGAUGUCACUUUUUUAAAUGCCUCUGGGGAUGCUUUCCUUCACUCCCACCAAGUUACACAUCUCCAUUUUCUGACCUCUGGGUUUUGUUGCUCAGCGGGGCCUUGAAGGAGAAUUCUCAUUGGAUGGACCCAAUCUUCUCCAUCACUGCCCUGCUGUGACUCCAAAGAAGGGAGCUUCUCGUUGACAGUGCCCUGUGGAGCCAGGCAGUGUUUCGUGCUGCCAUGGUGCUCAGUGGGUGCCAGCCCCUCAGCAGGCUCUGUGAUUGCUGCCCUGAAGGACAAUGCCACCUCCUUCCUUCCUGGUCCUGCCUGCUGGUUUCUGAGCAUUGCUCCCGCUCAGACAUGGAAUCCCAGCCACAGCAAGGCUGCCAGUCCCCAUCUGUGGGCAGAGUCCCGUGGAGCACUUCUGCUGAGGAAAAGGUCAUUGGUAAGAGGGAGGGGAAGGUAGUGCACAUUUGGUGUUGGAAAGCAGCCCGACAUUUGGCUAAGUGGAAACUGAGCAGUGCUGUCCUCGGUGCACAGGUCCAUGCAUUAAGAUGAUGGGAACUUCUUUGGAAGUCUCUUGAGCUCACAAAAAGGCACAGUGGAAUCCGCUGUGUUUCGAUUUCCUCUGUAGCCACCAAUCUAUGGAAUCUAUGUGGAAAAGACAGCUUCCUCCCCUCCCUCUCCUUACUAAGAAAUUUUAUUGUUGUUGUUUAACCACAAAAACAAACAGGUUCUGUUUCUUUCCUCAGGAUUGGUUUUCGGUUUGGGGGUUGGGUUUGGGGUUAGGUUUUUGGGUUGGUUGUGGGCUGUGUUUUGGUUAUAGAUUUGGGGUUUGAUUUGUUUUUUUAUUUUUUUUUUAAUGCUCUAUAGCACAAGGAUAGAGGUGGCAGCUGAGAUCUCUGGAACCAAAGCAGAGCAUGCUGGGCCCGUUAUCUAGGCACUAGGCCACCAAAGGCAGGGGAUGGAGUGUGCUCCCUCACAGUGUACCCACAAGCCAGAGCCCCAUGCUGUGGCCGCACCACCCUGUCUUCUCUGCACUGCGCUCUCUCCGGUGUGCUCCGUUAGAUUGUCCAAAGGGAACAGCAGCAGUAAGGGGAGCUGUGUGAGCACAUGGAACUCCAUGGACUGAAACCCACAUACCGCUCACUUAGAGAGACCCCGUCACCACUCACUGCUGCACAGCCUGCCAGCUCUGCUGCCUUCUCUCUCGGUUCCCUGCCCUCAUCUGCUGGUUUUGCUUCUUAGAGUGCUUGCCUGCUAAGCCCAUGCUAGAACGCAUUGUCUGUGGCAGAAGAACAGCCAAGCCAGUUCUGGGAGUCUGUCUGUCUUCAGCCAGAUGCUUCCUGUUUUUCCUUCCUUCCUCCUCAGAUUGCUGUUUCUCUGUAUGCAGUUCCAUGCGGCUCCCAUAGUACUGAUCUUAACGGCCAGAUAAAGCUAUGGCUUGGUCCAAAGAUCACCAUUCUCCUCUUUACAGAUGUGAUACCUCAUCUCCUCUAGACACAUUUACAUAGCCAGAAUUCAGGAGGAUAGCAAGAGGAUGGAAUCCUUGUCACAGCAAUAGCUUCCCGUAAAUACUGCCCCUCUCUCCUGGCAGCUCCACACCUGCCCCAAGUGGCUGGGAUUCAGUCAGGUUGUGUAGAGCUGGUCUGUUCCACCUUCGCUCACCCCAUGCUCAACAUGGAGGAGGAGGUCAGGUUGCAGCUGGCACAAGGGUUUAUUCCCUGAAGGCUCAUCGUUGAUCCUGCACCUACAGGCUCUCCUCUAAAAGGAAGCAGUUACCAAUUCAGUGUUACACAUUCCAUUCUUGCUUUUUGUUAAAACACAGGAGCAGCUGGGGAAGGGAGAUGAGGAGCUUGUUACUGACAAGUUUUAGAAGACGAAAUAUUGUGUACAUGUGUUUGGAACUGUUGCAUUGCCAGGUUUCUGUAUAAGUGUUUUGUAAUUAAACUUUUGGAUUUUUCUUUAAGAAGUUGAUGUGCUUGCUUGACAUUUGUCUCAUUAAAACUUUUCUGUGUUGAA